AAUCAUAUUCACCAAGCAAAUACAAGGUAGAGUACCCACCACUUCAUCUUCCACACACAAAAAUUAAACUCUUCCCUAAACUCUCCCUAUCUAAGAUCUCAUUAGACCUAGAAGACUUGUACAUAUAGCUUCCGAUUCCAAGCUAAUAGAUAUAGGAUCAUCACUUUAAUUGCACUACCCACCUUUUUCAUUUACAUCCAAACCAUCUUCAAUUCUUCUAUUUCCUUCUCCAAAUCCUUCUUUGUGCCUCCUUAAAGUUCUAGCAAUAAUAUCUGUAAAUUUAAAACCCUAAUUCCAGACUGAUUGGUGUUCUGUUUUUAAUGGAACAGGAUCAGUGUUGGACGAUGCAAGCAAAGAAAAAAUUUUCUCUAGGAUACAAUAAUAAUCUUAUCACCACCAACAAUAAUGAUCGUUCUUCCUAUGACGAAUCGUCAUGGGAAGAACAAGCCUUUGCCGAAGACGCGGCCGGUGCCCUUGUUGGCGGAUGCAUAUGGCCGCCAAGAUCAUAUUCUUGCAGCUUUUGUAGGAGAGAGUUUAGGUCAGCUCAGGCUCUUGGUGGCCACAUGAAUGUUCAUAGAAGGGAUAGAGCAAGGCUUAAGCAACAACAACCCUCUAGUCCCAACAACAAGAAUAGUAAUAGUAACAAUAAUAAUGAUGAAGUUUUUCAAAGCAAUCCUAUCACACCUUUGGGAUCAUCAUAUAAUACCCUAUUAUACCCCUCUACUACUUCUUCUACUACUACUCUUUGUGGAUUAGCUUUUAAAACUAACCCUAAUUCUGAUCUUGUUAUUCCUUCAGCUUCUUCUUCAUCACUACCCUCUACUCCUUCUUCUUCCAAGGCUUUAUUAUUAGCUACUCCUCCAUCAUUAUUUCCACCACUUUGCAAUAAUUCUUCUUCUAUUCUUCUUCACAAGAAUUCCCAAGUCUAUUGUUCUCAUCCAUGGUCAAACUUUGGUGGAGAUAAUCAAAGGUUGUGUUCUAAUAAUAAGUUCUUCAACCCUGAAGAAGCUGAUGUUGAGAAAGUGAUCUCACAAGGUAAGGGAAAAAAUGACGAAGGAGAAGAAGAAGACGGCGACGACGACGACGAUGUGGGUGUGAGCUUGAACUUGGUUGUUUGUAGAAGUCAUCAUCAAUUUGAGGCUAAAGAAGAAGAACAUAUAAGUUUCAAGAGGAGGAAAACAGAAGCUUCAUCAAUUCCACCAUUUUUACCAAACUCAACAAGCUCAGUUGAUAGAUAUAAUCAUCAUCACAUGCAUCAUCCAAAGAUGAUUGAAUUAAACCCUAGCUCCAUUGAAGAGCUAGAUCUGGAGUUAAGGCUUGGUAGCUGCAGCUCCGAGGUAUAGUACAAUAUUACAUUGGAAAAAAAAAGAAAAAUAAAUAAUGAAUAUAGUUCAAUUAUUAUUGUUAAUUAUUACCUAUAUAUCUUUUUAUGAUUGUUGUUUUUGUUUCUAUUACUUCUUUUAAUUAUAAAUACCUCACAAGGAAGUUUUUUUGUUUU